GGACACUUGAGGCUUACAAAAAUUUAAGAGAUGGACCCUUCUGUCAUCGAAAACUUUUGCAGUAUUACUGGGACGUCUGAAAUGGAAGCCAAACAUUUCUUAGAAGCUUUUGAUUGGAAUUGCGAUGAGGCAGUCAAAGCAUAUUUCGAUUCUGAGGAUGGUGUUCAUUCAAGCGAUGUUUCUCAUUUCGACCAAGGUACUGAACCACCGAGUAAAAGCAACAAGGAGCCAUCAGUUUCCACAUAUAAUAAACCACCUCACAGCAAGCCUAAAAUAGCAACUCUGAGUACCCUGGAAAAUGAUAGUGAUGAUGAAUCAGAUAAGGGACAGGCAUUUUAUGUUGGCGGUUCGGAGACUGGAGGUGGCGGCCAACAAGUCCUUGGUCCUCCAAGACGUGAUGGUAAUAAGAGAACUCAUGAUCCUUCCCAAACUCCCGACGUUUUCAUCCGUAAUCUUUUUCAAGCUGCUAGAGGUAAAGGAGCAGAAGUGUUGGAUACACACCAAUACAAUGAAUACAAAAGUAAAUCAAAAAAGCAAUCGCCUUUUAGUGGAAUUGGCUACAAGCUUGGUGAUGAUCUUAAUGCUCCCCUCCAGGUCGAGGCAAAUACUGCGAGCGGUUCCAGUACAAACGAUGUCUCUGAAAAAAACGUUGUUGUAAAAAUGUGGCGUGACGGUUUUAGUUUAGACAGCGGGCCGUUACGUUCAUAUACUGAUCCAGAUGCUUCUGAAUUUUUGAAUGCAAUACAGAAUGGUCAAAUCCCUGAAGAACUUUUAAAAUCUGCUGGUGGAAGUAUGGUUAAUGUUAUGCUCGAAGAUCAUCACCAUGAAGGGUGGCAGGCUCCUUCUACUCCUAAGAUCAUACCUUUUUCUGGCGUAGGACAAAUGCUUGGUUCUCCGCUUCCUCACUUAGUCUCAAGCGUUCCAACUAAAGUCAAUAUCAGUGAAAACCAUGAACCUGGUGUUACAGUAGACGAUACCAAACCGGUAACACAAAUUCAGAUCCGACUACCUGAUGGAUCGAGAUUUGUGAUCCGUCUAAACAAUUUUCACACAAUUGGUGAUAUCAGAAGAGCAAUCAUCAGUAAAAUUGAACGUGUAUUAUGAGAUCAACUUUCUACAUUUAUAAACGUGCACUCCAGCUGUGUUAUCUAUCUUAAACAUUUUCGAGAUGAAAUAUAGAAAAAUUUAAUUAAAUUUUUUUCUUGUCUAGUAAAUUCUGAAGUGUAGAAAAGGAAAUUCAAAGUUAGCAUAUUAGUUACCAUUCAUUUAUUAAUUUAGACUGUAGUUUUACUAAGAUUUUACACAGUACGAUCUUUCCUGUAUUCGGCUUAAUGAUUAGUAAGUCUAUGUAAUACCAUUGUAUACAAUAUAAGUCUAAAUUCAUUCAUUCUCACAACUUGGUAUUCUGAUAAUGAGUUUAAAAUUUUCUGUUUUUUUGAAGCUCCAACCGUAAAUUCUUAUUGAUUGUUUGUUACACUGUAUAUGAUUUAUAUUUUGUAAUUCAUUGUUUUUAUACUUCGUUAUUGAAUUUUCGUUGUGCAGUGUCAUUUUAACCGUAGGUUUUUCUGUUAUACGAGAAUAUAGAUUUGAUUUUAUUUAUGUCCACUGUCAAAUUUCAUAUUUCUUCCUUUUCAUACGUAAAAAAUACUGGGUUUUAAGUCAUUGGGUGGUAAGCUCGAAUCUAUUCUACCUAAUUUGAUUUGGACAAACAACUAACGGCAUAAGCCGUCACAUAUAAAAAAUUAUGAUAAUUUUAUUUCAGCUUUGCAUUGGUUUCUUGUAGAUGUUUUAUUACUCUUCCUAAAGCAACAUUUUCGGAAGAUGUUUUCUGAAAUUGUAAAAGUAUCUUACUAUUAUUAGGUCUUACUCAGUUAUCUUCUAUAAUUAGCUGCAUUACUGUCAAAAAUGUUUUUUACGCCUGCUAUAUUUUGUACAAUGGAUAGGUCUUUUUAGCAACAAAUAAAAUGUUUACAAUAUGUAUGUAAAAUAUUCGUUGAUUGUAUCAAUACAAUAUAUGUACAACUGUAAGAAUGUAUGUGAUUAUUUUCUAUUCCCAAUUACUUUUAAAUUAUACGGUUUUCUACCUAUUUACUAGACUAAUAUAAAGAGUAACUGUCGGUUGUUUAACAAACAUAUACUUUGAUAAUGAACAAGUUUGUUGUUGUUUAUUUACUGUUUCUGAUUUUGUCUACCUUUGUUAAUAAAAGAACGUAAAGUUCAUUACAUUGCAUAACUCAAAGAUUAUUUUUCAUAUUUAUUAUUUUUAUGUUCUCAUUUAGGGAUAGUCGUUCAUAGCCUUAUUAAUACUAACUGAUAUAAUUUUCACUAUCUAAUUGUACUAAUAUUCUCACUAGAAAAUCGUUUGUCAUGUUUCCUAAAUUUUAACUGUAAUAAUAAUUGUAUAGAGAUGAACAAAUUCAUGAAAUAGGAGAAUGUUGAGAUUGUUCAAAUCAAUUACUGAGUAAUGUGAAUGCUUUUGAAUGUGACUAAUUGUUGUUAGUAUAUUGACUCCUUGAACAGAUGACUUGAUAUUGUCUCCAUUUACACUCUGAUUACAUUUUGAAGAAUAAUUUCCAAAAACACGGUUAAAUUCUUUGUUAAUCUUUUUUUGUAACACGAUCUCUUUUCUCAGUCUAAAUUUCGUAACUUCCGCAAUUUUAUAUAUCAGUAAAAUGUUUUUACUCUACAUGAAGAAAAUUCAACCUUGUUUUUUUUGUUUUGAAAUUUCAAUUAUCGUUAUCUAUGGUCUAUCAAAAGAAUGACCUAAUAUUUCAUUGAUAUAAUAUGGAAUUCUGAUGUGUAAGCUGGUGUGAUUUCACAACCUCUACAUAAAACUAUGAUUUAUUUACUUUUAAUACCUGUACUACAGAAUUGAUAAAAACUUAAACAGUUUUGUGUAAUCUUGUUAUAUGAUUGCAUAUUUUGCAUUUCAAGAUAUCAUUAUAAGUUCUGUUUUUAGCUUUAACAGCAUUCAUUGAAAUGUAAUUAUUGCUUGUAUGUAUAUUGUGCAAACUAAAUCAAAUCAGUGCAAAAAUGCAACAAACAUUGUCGAUUAAACCAGUAUAAUUUUGUAUAUGUUGUAUCUUCAAGACUUCAGUCAAGUUGUUGUACUCUCUUAACAUAAUUCUAGACGUGUUUCAUAAUAAUCUGAUUCAAUGAAGAAAAUAAUGCGUUCAUAGUAUGCAUUCCAUAAACGUUAUUAUUAAGUUAAUAAGUCCUAAAUAACACACAACCUAUGUUAAAUAGGAUUUCCUGCGGACUCUCCAUCUUCCUAACAAGAAAACCGUGCAGACAAUGUCGAAUCAUUUAGACUAGUGGCCAUAUGGCAACUUGAUCUGCAUAAUUCAAUCAGCACUACGAAAACUUUGCAAAUUUACUCGUUAAUCAAUCGUUGCAGUGAUGUCUAGUUCAUUGCACUAGUUUUUUGUGAUAUAUAUGGCGAGACUAUAAUUUAUGGACG